AAGAUGAUGAGAGCGGAUGAGUCGACUCACUGCAGAACAACAGGCGACACGGAGACGCGCUUCAGGGCCAGUUUAAAGCCUGUGGCGUCUGAGGUGUUGACGCGAAACUCUUCUCUGUCUUUGUGUCACGCUAUUUAACUGUCAGUGAGUGAGUGAGUCUGUCAGUGCGCAGCUGCAGUGAACAAGCGGGUUAUUUAUGUGGACGCGCACGAGUUUGUUUGGUGUAUGUGUGCGCGCCUGGCUGCAGGGAUGAGUGUGCGGCUGUGGGAUCAGCUCCAGGCGGGCAGCUCGGAGGUGGACUGGUGUGAGGGCAAUUAUCUCAUCUCCUCUGGAAUAGCCGAGUUUUAUAACACGGUACGACUCUGUUUCACUUCCCCCAGUCGGAUUUACUCUCCAGUCGCACUUCAUGAGUUUAAUCCGAGCACUCAGUGCCGGCUACAGAGACCCUAAAGCCCACAAAGAUCAGCAACUUUUUAUUCUUCGUUCUGCCCCCGAUUCUGAUGUGCCUUUUCCGUCAGUAUGCCACGCAUUUCAACAGCGGCAUCUAUCUGAUCUGGACCCUCCUAGUGGUGGUCGGAAUUGGCUCCGCUUACUUCCACGCUACCCUGAGUUUCUUGGGACAGAUGCUGGAUGAAUUGGCAAUACUCUGGGUUCUUAUGUGUGCCAUUGGCAUGUGGUUCCCCAAGAGAUACCUGCCCAGGAUUUUCCGUAGAGACAGGUCAAGGUUUAAAAUGGUUGUAGGCAUCCUCUCUGGGAUCACCACUGGUCUGGCUUUCAUUAAGCCGGCCAUUAACUCGAUUUCAUUAAUGAUGCUGGGAAUCCCAUGCACCGCUCUUCUCAUCACCGAGCUGAAGAGGUGUGAGAAUCUGCGCGUGUUUAAGCUGGGCCUCCUCGCUGGUCUGUGGUGGACUCUAGCACUCAUGUGCUGGAUCAGUGACCGUAUCUUCUGUGAGAUGUGGUCAUCUGUAAACUUCCCAUACCUCCACUGCGCCUGGCACAUUCUGAUCUGCCUGGGCUCCUACCUUGGCUGUGUGUGCUUUGCUUACUUUGACGUAGCCUCUGAAGCUCCAGAGCAAGGCCCGGUGGUUAAAUUCUGGCCCAGUGAGAAGUGGGCUUUCAUUGGAGUGCCCUAUAUAACUCUGCUUUGUGUUCACCGCAAACCCUCCAUCAAGGUGACAUGAUCAGCCAACACUGCUGAAAAUACCCAAUAUCAAUGCACUUUGAUAGACUGAGCAUUCGUUAGACUGAGGAUUCAGUGGCUCUGUUAAGUGUGUUGUUUGAUUUGUUAAUUUAUAUACUUUGCAUUAGCGUAGUUGUUUUAAAAAAAAAAAAAAAAGCUUCCAAAAAUGAGGGGGGGAACAAACCAAAAACCUUUUUUAAACGUUCUAGGGACCCAAGCCCAAAAUGAACAGCUAAACAUGAACUUUUGUUCUGUGGGGGAAAUAUAUUAUUUCUCCUGAAAAGCUUUUCCACAAUACAAAUAAUUGACCUUUCAGCAUAAUGCUGGAUUUGAGAAUGCAAUUUACCCUUAACAAAGCGCUUUCUAAUUGUGCGAUUUAUUACAUUUUCAUACUAAAGAAUUAUUUCGUUAUUCGAGUGUAAAAAUGGAAGUGAAGCCUUUUAGUGGUAAACUAAGCCAUAAAUUGAUGUGUUCAACCAGUAUUAAAUAUUUUCCUUCUUUAUAAAGUAACUUUGCUAUAAACGUAGAUUUGCCCAGGGUGUACCCCGCCUCUCACCCGAUGCCAGCUGGGAUUGGCUCCAGCUUCCCCCACGACUCGGCGGAUAAGCGGUAUAGAUAAUGGAUGGAUGCUAUGAACAUGAACUUGUUGGUCUAAUCUUUAAGUCCCAUCCAGUUGUGUGAACCCACUGUAUAUCUGUAUGAGGGAUUACAAUUAAAGGCAGGGUAGGUAACUUUUUUUUUUUUAAGAAGCAUUUUUUGUUGUUCUUGAAAUUGUCUUUACAUCUGGACCUCAAUUAACAAAUCAAAUGCUUUUGGCAAUAAAAAGAAAAAUUCAUCCUUGUGGCAAUUGCAGGACUGUAAAAAGCCAGUGCAAUCAUUUCAUUCAGUCCAAAUUAAAUAUGGCAGGGACAAUGACACCACCACCACCACACCCAAACCCCCCCCCCCCAAAAAGUGCCUUUCUCUUGUGCGCACAUUCAUAUGUUUUGGAGGAAGAGCUGAAAGGAGGGGCUGGAAAGUUUCAUCUGGAUAUUUUCAGAAUCUAGCAUACUCUUUCUGGUUUCUCUAAAAUGACCUACCCUGCCAGGCGGCACGGUGGUGUAGUGGUUAGCGCUGUCGCCUCACAGCAAGAAGGUCCUGGGUUCGAGCCCCGUGGCCGGCGAGGGCCUUUCUGUGCGGAGUUUGCAUGUUCUCCCCGUGUCCGCGUGGGUUUCCUCCGGGUGCUCCGGUU